CUUCACCCUUUUUUAGUUUUCAUUUGCAUCAACUAAUAAAAGAUCAAUAAUCCUGAAUCAUGAAGCAGUGAGAUGACCAACAACAUCAAACCAAGUGAAAACUGAGAGUCAUGAAGCUUAUGCAUUUGCCUAGUUUCUGUCAACAAGAAGAAAAGAAAAUGGUAAUCCACAUUUGGUAUUCUCAGUAGCCUAAAAUUCUUACUUCAAAACCAAAUAGUGGAAAUGCCUUGGAACAUUUGGACUAAUGGACAGACCUUGGAUUCCCUUGUCUCAACAUGAUAGCAUUACAUUGGACCAACACACUUGGGGGGGGGGUUUGAGUUGUGGAGGAGUAUCAUCAACAACUGUAUCACCAAGAUCAGAAAAAGAAAACACAAAAUAGAGGAGGGAAAGAAAUGGGAAAAGGGCAUCCAUCAGGUGAGGAAGGAGUAGCAGCAAUAACUUUGUCUGUGAGUUAGAAUUCAAAAAAGCAGCAGAAAGUGAGUGAGCAUCAGCAAGAGUACACUGCACUCAAACCCUUUUUUUCCUCCAGUCACUCAGUGGCUCUCAGUCACUCACAUGCUGUCCAAUUAUUUUACCUCUCUUGCUGUGUAUUUUUUAAGCCUCAAAGCAGCCCUUUUGCUUAUGGGUUUCUGCAAAGGUGGCAGGGAGUCAGAGAGCAGCAGCAGCAACAAAAGGCAGCAGAGGAACAGCAGCAGCAGGAGGAGCAGCAGCAACAACAGGGGGGCCAGAGUCGGUGAAGAGAGCACACUGCAUCCCUGACCUGCCUGUUCCUCCAUCUGCUGUCAGUCGCAAUAAGAACAGACCACUGGCACCAGGUGGCAGAAGUAUCAGCUGCAGCACCUGACACCAUUAAUGUUAAACCAAGUAGCUUUGUGAACAGACGCAGUUAAAGCCUUCUCUAAAGCAAUAGUUAUAUCUGUCUGUGGUCUAUUAGCUCUAGUCUCAAACUCUAUGCUCCCCACACCCCACCAGUCUUAUGAUUCCUCUCUGCCCUCCCUUGACUGAAUGACACUUCCUAUGCAAACAAAAUAACCCCUUCUUUAUUGCAGUCACAUAAAAAGACAAAAGUCGAUUUAUUAUUAUUGCAGGAAGUUAACAAGAUGCUACUGCCGCUGCCGCUUCUGCUGCCUGUCACUCUCUCUAAUGCUUGCUGCUGCUUUUGCCUCUUCCACUAUCUAUCCACUAGCUUCCUUCCUUCCUUCCUUCCUUCCUUCCUUCGCUCGCUUCUCCUUGUUGGUGUUGUGGGGUUUGGGUUUUGGACUUGCAGCUGUGGGUCUGAAACAGAGCAGUGAGAGUAGGAUGAUGAUGGGAGGGGGCAGUAGGUAUCCCUUCACAGCAUCCCAAUGGCAAGAGCUGGAGCUUCAAGCCCUUGUCUUCAAGUACAUGGUCUCAGGUAUCCCCGUACCUUCUGAUCUCAUCCUCUGCAUCAGGAGGAGUCUCUUCAUGGAUCAUCAAGCUCUUCCAUUCAUUCCCAAUCCUCCCACGAUUGGAUGGGGAGCUUACCAGCUGGGUGAUGGAAGGAAACCAGUGGAUCCGGAGCCUGGGAGGUGCAGGAGAACAGAUGGGAAGAAGUGGCGGUGCUCCAAGGAGGCCUACCCAGACUCCAAGUACUGUGAGAGGCACAUGCACAGGGGGAAGAGCCGUUCAAGAAAGCCUGUGGAAUUGUCUUUGGCCACCAACCCAACCUCCUCACAGUUCUCUUCAUCAAACUUCGUUGCUGCUGCUGCUGCUGCUGCUGCGGCUCCUCCUCCUCCUCCUCCUCCUCCUCCUCUCUCGCUGUCAACACCUCAGACCCACCAUUUCCUGCUUCCCUGUCCCUCCUCUUCGAGGCCUCCUGCCAUGGGAUUCUCACUCAAAGAUGACUCUGCCAGCUUCUGUUUAGACUCUUCUCCCUACACGGUUGAUAAUUACAGGAACAUCCUUGGAUUCAAGGAGGGUGUGAAUGAGUACCCUUUCCUCUCAGAAGCCUGCAGGGCCGGAAGGGAGAUGCCAUGCAGGUUGGGGUCAAUGGACAUGAGCUCUGUUGAGGAGACAAAGCAGAGUUUUGGCUACAUGCAAGGCGCUCAUCCCCACUCCAGAAUCUGUUUGUCCGAGGAGCAAGACAAGGAGAAGCACUACUUUGUGUUGGGUGCUGAUCUGAAGACGGACAAGUCUGCCAAGUUGGAGCGGGCGGAGCAACCACAGAAUGCAAGGCCAUUCCACUGUUUCCUUGAUGAGAAGCCGCAGAAGAUGGAAGACUCUUGGAUGAGCAUGGAUGCGGACUUGAAGAUGCAGCUCUCUAUCUCCAUUCCCAUGGCAAACCACGACAAGCCGGUGGCUGCCUCUCAGCGUUACAAUGGUGCAGUUCUCGAUGCCUCAUCUGCGUUGUUUCUCACCCCCAUCAAAACGCUAUCUUCUCAUUUUCCAAUGGUAUUAUGAUGCAGAUGGUUGACUUCCGAAGACCAAAGGACUAACCGAAGUCUCAGUGCCCUCGUUCAUCACAGGGUUAUCCCUGUUUGAUGCGCUAGAUUUGCCUCUGUUAAUUGAUCGUCUACGAUCUAUCAUCUCCUUCUUUCCCUUUUCUUGCUGAUGUUUUUGUGUUGAUGAAUGAAAGAGAUGUUGUUUUGGGUUCUUUAAUCUCUCAAUCCAUCUUCAAACUUGGUCGAGCUCAUGAGUUUGUACAUAUGCUUUACUUACCUAGAAAGAUGUGAUUCUGCACUCAGCUCAUUUUUACC